AGUUAGCUCAGGCAUAGCCCAGUUAGGGCUCCUCCGUGAGCUACACCAAUUUGUUCGAAUGGAGCCGAUCACACGUUUGAUUAGGAUUUUGAUGUAAAAUCUUGAUCAAGAAUGCCGUCGUCCAGCGGGAACAAAGAGGCCGACGACAGUCAGACAUGGGAAUUGGCAGAGAGGUGUCUACUACCCAUCGCAUUUUCACAUGCGAUUGCAGUCAUCCUGGCAACUAUACUGAACACCUUUGGGAUCUCACAGACAUCCAGCUUUGUACUCUUCCUGUUGCUAUUGGUCAUAUCUAUAGGAUCUACAUUGUUCUAUCACAAUCUGAAGGUUACCGCAGCAGGAAAGGCAAUACUAAUCACAGGUUGCGAUUCGCGGGUCGGAUAUGCCUUGGCUAAGCAGUUGGACGAUUUGGGCUUCACCGUAUUCGCUGGGUUCAGCAAUAAAGCCGAGAGUGAGGAUGUCAUGCAGAAGCUGAAGGACCACGCGUCUGGAAGAUUGCACGUGCUACAACUGGACAUCACCAGCGAACGUGAUAUACACUCGACCUUCCUCUACGUCAAUGAAAACUUGCCCGACGGAGCUCCUGGAUUGUGGGCACUCGUGCAUGCCGCCGCCUGGGUGACUCUCGGGGAAUGCGAGUGGGUGCCCCCAUCUGUUCUCAAGCGAAGCAUAGACAUCAACCUCAUUGGCCUAGCGCGUUUAACUCAGGUAUUUCUUCCCCUGGUCAGGAGAUCGAAGGGUCGAAUCGUUCUCGUCAGCAGCCUCUUGGCGCGGAUACCGAGCCCCGUCCGGGGCAUCUAUUGUGCCCUUAAGGCCGCCGUGGAAGCUUGGGGAUCGUGUCUAAGACUGGAGAUGCGGCGGUGGGGCGUCGACGUUGUGAUCGUCGAGACCGGCGAGUACGUUUCCGGUAACGCGUGGCUCAAGGACAACACCGCGCUGCUCGAGCAGGCCCGGGACAUGUGGACUCAACUGGAUCCCCAGACCCGCAAGGAGUACGGUCAGGGGCUGUUUCAGGCGGAGAUGCUGGCUCUGGAGAAGUACACCCAGGGGCCGGAGGCCGAUCUGACCGCCGUCACGAGGACUCUAAUGGACGCUGUAGUAAAAACCUUCCCGAUGCGGCGGUACACACCUGUGUCGCGCGGCGAAAGACUCCAGGCACUGUGCAAUCAUUACCUACCGAAGCCGAUCUACGACAUAUUGUAUGCAAAUUGAAUAACUAACCAUUAGACUCGGAAUACAAUUAGGGGGAUUCCUUGAAUGAAAGUAAGACUUUGGGUAGAGCAGAGAGGUAAGAAUCCUUUUCGCGCAAUUGUGCCAAGCACUGCCUAUGCAAAACAGCCGCGGAAAGAUAUUGUACAAAUUUAAUAAAGGAACUUUAUUAGACUA